UGGUAUGAUAAAACAACAAAAACAAAUCCUGAGGUUCCUUAUUGCGUAUUGAAAAUGUCAAAAAAUCUAUUGUUUCGUCGAUAUAUCAGUUUUGAUUUAUUUCGUUGAGUUAAAAACCAUUUGUCGUGAUAGGUGCAGGUUGUUAAAAUCUGCUCUUGUAUAAAAUUAAAAGUCAUUUUCAGUAGUUGAUAUGGAAUCCCCAGAGCAGAUAGCCACUCAGCCUUCGCCUUCAUCUCUCGAGGAAGCUCAAAAUAAAAGAGUUCAAAGAGAAAAACUUAUUUCUUCUUUAAAAAGUGCAUUAUUUAUCCUGAGUUCAGCAAUUGUAAUUUUUGUUGCUUUUAGUAAUACAUUAACUUGGCAUUUGCAGCAUUUCUGGGGUGCAUCAGGUGAUUUUUGGCAAAGCCAAUGGAAUAAGAUAUGGAGAUUUUUUGGUUCAGAUCGAUACACUAUAGGAGUAUGGGGUACUUUCUUGGUCACAUUUGUAGUGUAUUGGGUUAUUGGUUUAUUGUAUACAUUUACUGACUUAACAGGCAAACCUGCAUUUGCUCUUCGUUACAAAAUUCAAGAUGUAGCUUCGUAUCCUGUAUCUUUACCUCAAGUCUUGAGUGUUGUUAAACAAGUUUUGAUUAAUCAGUUUGUGAUUGGUUUACCAUUUGGAAUAUUAGCUUAUUACUUAAUGGUCUGGAGAGGAUAUAACUCUGGAAAGACUCUUCCAACAUUCCAAUGGGUAAUAUUUGAGCUUAUAUUUUGUGUGAUCAUGGAAGAAGUAGGCUUCUAUUAUUCUCACAGGCUUUUACACCACCCACGUAUUUACAAAUAUAUUCACAAGCGUCACCACGAAUGGACUUCACCCAUUGCCAUUACUGCUAUAUAUUGCCACCCUGUGGAACACAUUUUUUCGAAUUUAUUACCACCUUUGUUGGGGCCCUUAGUUCUGGGUAGCCACACAGCAACGUCUUGGUUAUGGUUCUCAAUGGCUAUCUUAUCUACCCUGAAUGCUCAUUCUGGUUUUCACUUUCCUUUCUUUCCUUCACCUGAGGCUCAUGACUUUCACCAUUUGAAAUUUAAUCAAAAUUUUGGAGUACUUGGAGUGUUAGAUCGCCUGCAUGGAACAGACUCCCUUUUCCGCAAUAGCAAAAUGUAUGAAAGGCACAUCAUGUUACUCAGCUUAGUUCCUUUAAAACAGCUCUACCCAGAUGAUCCCAAGAAGAAAUAGUAUUGUUUUUCCCCCCACUCUCAUUUUUCAAUGUGAUUUCACUCACUGUCUAAAUACGAUUGUUAUUAGUCAUUGGAAGUGCGCUUGGUUUCUACAGUUAAUUCAUUAAACUAUUGUUAUAAAAAAAAGUCUUAAAUUUCUUUAUUAGCUUUUAAUUUCUCCAUUCCAACCAUAUCAUUACUUUUGUUCACAACUGUGUUUCAAUUAUAGUAAAUUGUGUAUGUAGGUAUUUAUAGUUAAAACAUUCACUUUCUUCCUACAGAGGACUUCGUAGCACUUUGAAUUGUUGAAAAAAAAAAAAAAGAAUUAUAUUAGUCAUAGGAAGUUAGAAAACAUAAUUAUAUUGUUCUUGCUGAAAUUUUUAAGCUACAGAUAGAAAAAUAGGUUUUAAGAUUCUGUAAUUAAGAUCCAAUUUAAUUUUUUCUUUUUUGUUAUCAGGUAUAUUCCAUUUAGAAAGAAAACAUUUAGAAAAACAUUUUUGAGGUGAUAAAAAUUGCAGUUAUAAUGUAAAGUUUGAUGUUAAAUAAAGUAAAUUUUGUAAACAGCGUUUCAAUAAUGUCAUAUGAGUUGUAAAUAUAUAUAUUUAUCCUUAAUAUAGUUAAAAACCUUGCAGUAUCAAUAUAAGUUUUUUUCAUAACUUUUAAUUUUGUUUAAAAUUACAAGUUUAAAAUAAGUAUUUUCUUUCUAAUAUAUUCAUGUUAGUUUCUAAUAUAUUCUAUUGUUACUUCAAGUGUUGAUUAAUAUCUCAAAUAAUAUGUAUAACAGUUUUUGUCAUGAAAUAUUUUGCACAAUUUUCAUUAGAAAGUUGUUAUUUUUAGUACUUCUCCAUUUUCGCUAUAUGCUAACUAAUUUAGCUGUCGUCUUGCAGAGAAAGCUUGUUAAAAUCCCCAAGCUCUUCAGUGCAUCAAUUUGUGUUUCUAAAAAUAAAAAAUAAACUUUUUUUUUAAAGUUUGUUGCUAACAAUUUUGAGAUAAAACUGAGUUUAUUUGUUACCAUCUUUCUUAAUUAUGAAAAAAUUUGUCAGUCACUUCGUUGGAGAAUUUUUUUUUUCUGUUUCUAGCAUGCAGCUUAAUUCAUGUACGGAUAUUUUAGUUAUUCUACAUCUGAAAAAAAUUUUAAUUUAUACUUUUAUUAUUGAGUCAUCUAAUAUUUUAUAAUUUAUGUUAAUCUUAAAUAUCUAGUCUAUUUUAGUUUACAUUUAAAGCUUUAGUCAUUGUUAUUUAUUUUAUCAGGUUUUUCUUUCAAUAUUUUAUUUUUGUUAUAAAUUCAUCAUUACAUUUCAUUUAUUCAUGUUCAUUUUAUUUCUGUGUGCACAAAAUUAAUGUUAUUUCUAAUUAUUUGUUAAAAAUUAUUCUUGUUAUUCAUUUUGCAUUUUAUAUUGAUGCCUCAAAGUUUUACCUUUUUUCUUUAUCUAAUCAUAAGUAAUGUCAUAUUCACUUGUACUAGCAAAUGAGUUUUAAUCGUGUGAGGGGAGUAUUUACUUCAUUCACAUAAAAUACCUGGUUUGACAAGAAUACAUGACCAGACCAGGCAUGGCCAGGUUUGACCGGAAUACAUGACCAGGUUUUGAAUACAUGACCAGAUAGGGUUUAAUUCUGAACAAUUUAUUUAGCAACCAGUUAUUUCUUUUUUCCAUUGAUUUUGCAGACCUAUUUUUUAAAGCGAAAAUUCUGCGACCUGAAAUUUUUACUAAAUAUACUGGCUGAUGUUUAUUAAAAUAUAUAUAUAUAAACAUCAAAAAAUAUUGCUUACUUUUAAAAAACUGUGUGCUUAUUAUUUUGUAAGCUAAUUGUUAAAAUACCUUUUUGUUUGCUUUCUGAAGAAUAAACAAUUGAUAGUAACAAUGAUGGUUAUUUCUACUUGGUUUUUACAUUUUAAAGUGCUCUACAUGUUUGAUAAAAAUGUAACAUCUCUAUAUUUAUUCUAUGUUCCAUGCAAUUGCAUUAUUCCUAUGUUGUUAUUUUUAAUCUUAAUUUAAAUAUAAAUUAAUGAAAUUUCUUCGUUGAUAAGAAACAGGUUUGAAAUAUUUUUAGUAUUUAAAUGGAAAAUGUUUUUAUAACGUUAUAAUUGUGUUUGAGUAUUCUUAUUUCCCCCUCAAAUCGAGUAAAUUAAUCUUGCUGUUUAUUAAGAUAAAUUGUGAUAAUGUUGAACAUGUGUAUAUGUUUUUAUGAAUAAAUCGAUUUGCUUGAACUAUA